AUGGCAACGGGGUUGAGCACCCCUUUAGCUUCUGCUUCAUCAACUGUUCCUACAAUUGGAGGAGUACCUGCGUCAACUAUUUCAGGGAAAGGGAUACCUGGUAAAAAAUCGUCUGCCUCUGAACUUCUGGAUCAAAUACGGCAGUUGGAAAUUGAAGGAAAUAAACUAAGAUCUGCAAAUCUAGAAACAGGAUCUGUAACAUCAGGAGGUACAGAGUUUGGAAGCUAUGCAGCUGACAUCUCUGAGACACCUGCAUUUAGCCAUGCUAAACCAGCCAUUGUUCCAACCUCCCCUGCAACACUGUCAGCUCUCGUAGAUAUCUCUGCUGAACAGAAAACCAUCUCCGAUCUCAGGACUCAGCUGGAUGCUCAGAGGAAGGAAACAGAUCGACUCCAACAUCACAUGUUAAAUGACUACCCCAUGUCCAAACAUGUCCCCAUUCAGUCUUCUAUGAUACCGAGCAGUCCAUCUAAAACAGGAUUCUCUACUCUCCCCUCCACAGAACUCUUCUCUGCGAGGAGACCAGCUUAUGAAUAUGGACCACCAUCUCACUUGGAGAAGGCCCUCAAGGAUUCUCAGGAACAAGUUACAGAUCUCAGAAGGAGACUACAGGAGGCCAAUGAACAAUCCGAGUUACAGAAAAGGCAAUUUCGUAGUAACAUAGAGGAGCUGAAAGGGAAACUUCAUGAAACCGUGACCAAUAGAGAGGCUGUCCUAGAUCUACGUCUAAAAGAAUCGUCCAAUCAGGAGGCUAUGUUAGCAAAGAUGCAAACUCAGGUACAGCAGCUGACGGAGAAAUGUCGGGCUCAAGAGGAGGCACUGAGUAAUGCAGGGAGGCAGAUGGAUGAUAACACACGGGACAAGUAUCUGUUGGAUACAGCUAUCAGCCAGAUCAGGCAGAUCCUUGUUGAUGCUGAAAGGAAGCGUGGACAUCCAUUCUUUGAUUCUGACCCAGUUGCUAAACAAGCACCUGGUAUGCUUGUUCAUACUGUGGAAAGAUGUUUACAGGAAAUGAGUGCAGAUGUCACCCAGAAAUCACAGAAAAUACAUGAGCUGGAGAAGGAAAUUCUGUCCCUGAAACACAAUGUUAGCCAUGACAAGGAGACCCUUCUCAGGGAACAACAAGACAAAAUCUCAUCCAUGACUUCCGAACAUGAAAAACAGAUGCAGUCUGCGUCAGAACGGGCGAAUAAUGCCAGGAAACAGACUGUGACUUUGCAGUCUCAGCUAGCCAUGAUGGAGGGCCAGUUUGAGCAGCAGAUGAAGAUGAAGGAUGUGUUGAUACUGGACUUAGAACAGAAAGUCCGUCAUUUAAAGGAGGAAUUCUCAGAGGACAGAACCAAGUGGCAGCAGAAGAAGGAAGCUCUGGACGAAUCCCUGGAUAAGACCCACAAAGAUGUCAGUGCCAUGAGAAAGGAAAGGGAUGAUGCUAUCCGCAAUAUGUCCUCUCUGGAAGGCAGGAUGGAGGAACAGCAGAACACUGCAGCCCGACUACAGGCAGAGAUACACCUGGAGAAGCAGCGCUGUAGUCAAAUGUCGGACAAGGAGACCAUGAUGAGGACAAGGCAGACAGAACUAGAGACAAAGCUAGAGGAGAAAAACAGGGAUGUGGAACGACUUGAGAAGAUGUUGGAACUCAUCAGACAUGAGUGUAAUGCUCAGGUCAAUGAAAAGAUAUCGUAUGCAGAGAGACAGGAAAGAGACCGUCACCUUGAUCAGAUUAGCAGUCUCACGUCACAGCUCAGCAGUAUGACGGAGAAGUGCAAUAGAAACACUCUUGAUUUAGAAAUGACUAGGUCUGAGUGUGCAAAUCUCAAAAAACAAUUAAGGGAAACCUCAGAAAAGUUUGAGUCAACAAAAAUUCAGCAAGAAUCAUUAUCGGUGGAGAAGAAUCAUGUAACGAACAUGUUGAGUGAUAAAAAGUCUGAAAUGGAAAGAGUGUCACAAGAAAAAGACUAUUAUUCCAAUUUGUUAGAACAGAAAAAUGAGGAAUUAGCAAAAAUAAGGACACAAAAAGAAAGAUUAACCAUUCAGUUAGAGGAGAAGGAGAAAAAUCUCUUAAUGCUUCAACAGCAAUCUACAAACUUCACUCAAUUCAUGGAGACUAAUUCUCGAACACAUGAUAAUCUCAGGGACGAAAAAGAAAAUCUUCUGAAAAUAAUCACUGAUCAGAAAUCUACAUUAGAAGAACUGAGAAGUUCACGUGAAAACAUGGCAAAAAAGAUGAGAAUAAGAGAAAAACGAAUUAAGGAGUUAGAAGAAGCAAAAAAGAAAUCGGUAGAUGAGAGACAGCUGCGAAUGGAAGAGAUGGGAAUACUUCAACAGGAAAAAGACACGCUGUACAAGGAACUGAAGGAGAGUCGAUACGAAGUGGCAAACCUCACUGAGGAGAAGGAUUCAGUCAAACACAACUUGGAACUACAGAAGUCGGACCUGGAGAAGGCCUUGGCAAGGGCACAAUCAAAAUGUAAAACUAUGGAGCAGGAAUUUAAAUUGGCACAUAGAACUCUUAAGUCACGUGAAUCAGCAGAUCACCAAGCGGUGAAGGUGGCAGACAAAAUGCAGAAGGAAGUAACCCUGAAGAGGAGUGAGAUUGACUCACUAAAGACCAAGGUCCGGUGGCUGGAGGACAAACUGGACUCUCUCUCACGGGAACGGAACAGUUUAGAAGGUGACAAAGACAGACUGAAGAUGUCCCUUAACAAGUCUCUCACUCAUAACCAACAAGUCACAGCAGAACUGGAGGUGUCUCAAGGUCAGGUCAUGGAACUCCGUACACAGAUAAACCGACUUGAAGUGGCGCUGGAAAAGUUGAAACGAUUCACCACUCAGGACCGGAAAUGUGUUCAGGUUAUGAUGACUGAAAAUCCCUUGAAUGUGGCUAAAAAGGCUAAUACAAAGACUGCCACAACUCAGGCUCAGCUGGAGCAGUUUGAACAGGAGCUCACUUGUCUCAAGCUGAAACACCAGUUAGACAUGCAGGAAGCAAUUCAGAAGACCACUCAGAGAAAAGGUCAAGGUCAGAAAGAUUUACCCUCCACAUACCCAGUAGCUGUGUACUUCCCCCAAGAUGAGGCUAACCUUGACACCAUCAAGGGCGGAAAGAGUGGUCAGCUCACUGACCGUCAAAUCCCGACCAGGGACACAGAUGAUUACCGUGGAGAACUCAAGACUCUCCUUCAUGAGAUGAGGUCACUCAUUUCAGAGAAAAAGGACAGGAAUAACCAUGCACGCCCAUCGUUACACCGUCGCUACAACUCCACACAUCUACCUGUACAGACAAACCUUCCUACUGGACAUUAUCGGUUGUACUCAUCCUCGGAGACUGAGGAGUACCAUUCUGACAACGAAGUAGACCGGAGUCUUAGUAGGUCAAGGUCAAGGUCAAAGUUUGACUACUCUGGCAUGUCCUCAAUGAAAGGUUCAAGGUCAAGGUCACUGUCACCUGUCCAUCAAUAUCAGAGACGACAUAGUUUAGACACAACUGCAGUAACAAGAUCACCACACAGUUAUAUCUCAAGGUCACCAGAGUUCUUGAGGAAGUCGGGAUCGUCCAGACUUGGAACAUAUGGCAAUGACUUGAGCCAGGAGAAUGAGUCGGCUCGCCAGGAUGACGAGGUCAAACCAGGUUCAACUCGACUGGUAUCUAAUACUCAGGAUCUGUGUAAGAGGUUGGAAGAGAGAAUUGAAUCACUGUCCAAGAUGGGUGGGUCACUGCAGAAAGAGAAUAAAGAGAUGGCAGACUUGAUGAAACAGCAGGGUAAAAAGAUUCGCAAGGCGAAAGAUAACUCCAAGAAAAUAAGAAAGGUGGUGAGGUGA